UUGUUUCGUUGCUAUGGUAACGAGGUCGAAGUUCUGCGGUCCCCUAUCUGGACGCGCGAGGAACACCCAGGCAAAUAGCGGACACGUGUUUGAGUAGCUCACAUGACACAGAAGCCUGGCCGUGUGAGCUUAUUGGAGAGGACACGGCACGGGAGACUGGCCGUGACGGGCGGCCGAACCGCGGAGACUUUCCGACUGUCUUACCGCGGACGUCCGCCGGGAUUAAAACGGCACGAGUCGCCAACAAGCGGGACGGAUAGCCGGACAAGCAGACCGGACCACAGGCACGCGGAGCCGGCUGUUCGUCUGUAUUGUCCGCCGCUCUACGGGCUCCUAGGAACUGGGUCAUGUUGGCCGGCUCGACCCACCGUCAGCGAAACACUCCAACUUUAGCGCCUUAUCUCAAGUACUUUGGAGUGUCCGUGUAGCUUGUGGGGACCGCGAAUUCCUUCAGGGAUGCCCGCAGUAAUGCAGACUCUGCGGCCCCGGGGCCAGAGGAUGGUCUUCCCUACCCACAGAGUUCUUCUGUUCCUGCUAGGAUUUCUCAUGGUCAUGUCCACGAUUUCUGCACAACACAGGAGAAGGCCGGACAGCCAGGCUAGGAAAGAGGUCAGACCCCGUGAAGAGCAUAGACCAACGCACAGCCAAGAGUCCCAUCCGCACACGGGCCGUCCUCAGCAUAGAAGGGUUAAACCUAACCGAGCCUUCCUCCGUGUGGAGCCAGAGUCCCAGAGACACAGACUGCUCAAUCGGAAAGCCUUCUAUCCAGACGACGACCGCUUUCCCGCCCCAGAGAGCCAUCGGAAGGCCGUAGACGGGCCGACGAGGAAGGUGACGGGAGAUGGCCGGGGAGAACCGCUGGAAGUGGGCGGGGACGAGUACCGCUGUCCGCCGCCGCUGACAGUGAACAAGCUCCGGAGGCGGGUGUGUCAGCAGACCAAGUGCGUGUCUGACUCGACGUGCGGCGCGGAGAGAAGAUGCUGUUUUAACGGCUGUGUGUUCACCUGUUUGGACGCCGUGCCGCCUCCAGCAGUGUUGGACUGGCUCGAACAGCCGAGUCCGCAGAGGAGCGCAGGUUAUGCCUGGUUGGUGGCAGAGCCGGAAGAAGUUAUGGGAGUUGAGACCUGUAGCACGACUACGGCUUCUCCAAACGACCUGCCACUCGAGUGUCCUCACGGGUACGUCUGCCAUAUCACCAACCAGGGGGACCCCAACAGUGACAUCCCUAAUGCAGGCAUCUGUAUCAAGGGACAAGGAGAGGAGGAAGGAAGCGAUUCUGAAAACGAUGACGAAAGUCCUCGCCAGUUCCGCCUUAGGUCAGGUCCAACUGACGACGGGAAAGGUUGCAUGGUGGAAGGACAGACUUACCGAAACAAACAGCUCUUCAGUUUCAACACACACAUUUGCAAGUGCAGAAAUGGAGGAGUUACCUGCGUGGUGGCAGACAAUGUAGAAACCUUUGAAGGUUGGUUGGAUGCAGCAGAGCUAGACUACAGUGUGGGAGAGGAGCCCAGCCUAGGUGCAGAGACAGUUUGACUUACACAGCAAAAUAAUUCAACAUAAAUAAAUUAACCUUACCAGUUCCACGGGCAGCUUCUGAUCCCAUGUUCUUCAAGUAUUUAUCCCCACACCUGAGGUUUAAAU